AUCUGGUUGUGACGCGCCCGGUUCGACCAGUGAUAGCCGGACAUCAUUAGGGGACCUACACUUCGUACAGUCUCAACUAUCGCUGCGAAAUCAUCAUUUCAGAAUCGAUCGCCCAGUGCGCUGCUCGAAUCGCCCCGACGCCAUGCCUGCAAUCGAGAGCCCGCUAGUCACAUCCUUCGAGCAAUCGUUGACGACGCCCAAACGUUUGGAGCGCCUACGUGAUCACUCUGUGAGUGUCGUAAGCUCCACCGACCACGACCAUGACGAGAAGACCUCGGUGCAAUGGCGACCGUCGAAUUUGGGGACGCUGAUGGAGGACCCGGUUCGACAACUGACCGUCAUGGGUAUCGUCGGGCUCUGCUACUUCUCGGUGUGCGGAGGACCCAUUGGGUCAGAGCCAAUUAUUUCUGCUGGUGGUCCUUUGAUUGGACUUAUCUUGCUGCUGGUGUUCCCGGUCAUCCUCGGCCUCCCAAUUGCGUACGUCACUGCUGAGCUGAGCACUGCAUAUCCAGAGGACGGUGGCUACACGGUUUGGGUCCUUCACGCUUUCGGACCAUUUUGGGGGUUCCAGUGUGGCUACUGGGCAUGGAUUUCAGGUGUGAUCGAUAACGCCCUCUAUCCUGGAUUGGCGGUAUCGACCUUUACCGAAGUGUACGGAGAUAUCGGUUCACCGACAGCUGAAUACUUCAUCAAAGCAGCCAUCGCUGUGGCUCUGACACUCCCGAAUUUACUGGGUAUUCGCAUUGUUGGCAAGGGAAUGGUGAUAUUGUCCAUUUUCGUUAUGAUCCCAUUCAUCGUACUCUUCGUGUGGGGUCUUGUUAGUGGACACGACUGGAGUGCGCUGGGUGAAAUGCGACGUUCCGACAUUGUCUACGAUUCGAAUGGUGACCUUGUGAGCAUGUCAGGCGGUUUGGAUAUUGACUGGUCAACCUUGAUCAACACUCUCUUCUGGAAUUUCAACGGUGCCGUUGGUAUGUCGGUUUUUGGUGGUGAAGUUAGGAACCCAGGUCAAACGUACCCCCGCGCGAUGCUGAUUUCGGUGCUAUUGAUCGCGCUCACGUAUCUGAUGCCGCUGUUCGGUGCAAUUGUGUUCAACUCACCGAAUUGGACGACAUGGGACGACGGAUCAUUCUCGAGCAUCGCAUCGGCAUUGGGAGGUACUUUCCUUUCGACGUGGAUCAUGUUGGCAUCGUUUGCAAGUAAUGCAGGCAUGUACAUCGCGGAGCUGUUCUGUGACUCGUUCCAGAUCAUGGGUAUGGCUCAGAAUGAGCUAGCACCAACGUUCCUGGGGGCACGCAACAAACGCUUCAACACGCCACACAACGCCGUCUUCGCGAGUCUCAUCGUCAUUUUGGUGCUCAUCGAGUUCGACUUCAACGACAUCGUCAACAUGACAAAUGCGCUCUCGGCCUUCUACCAGAUCCUGAUCUUUGCUGCAUUCAUCAAACUGCGCUACACGCACGCAGACCUUAAGCGUCCGUACAAAGUUCCUGGAAGCAUCCCUAUGCUUUUGCUUGGCCUCUUGAUCCCGACGGCCUUGUUGAUGUACAUCGCUGUGGACGUCUUCUUCACGCUGGCACCGGCGAUGAUCGUCCUGGGAGUCACACUGGCUGGUUUCCUGUAUGCGCGAUUGAAGAAGUUCACGCGAUCGCAGUUCGAGGAUCUGAGCUUGGACGGAUAACUAGAGAUUUCGACGUUAGAUGAUGAGGCAUUAAGCGCAUAGAAAAAUGUAAUUAAACGAAAAUGUAGCCUACUAGCCUGUU